UUCCGUUUCCCUAGGCAACAGAAAAACUCGAGCCGUUAGUUCUUCUCUCAAAGAAAAUGGCUAAUGUUGAGGAGACAAUGAAGAGGAUUGAAAGCCAUAAAGGUGUGAUUGGAACAAUUGUUGUGAACGCCGAGGACAUUCCUAUCAGAACAACUUUGGAUAAUUCCACAACUGCCAAGUAUGCAAGACUUCUUCGCAACUUCACUAUCUUGGCCAGGAGCACGGUCAGAGAUGUUGACCCUCAAAAUGACCUCACCUUUGUGCGCAUCCGCUCCAAGAAACAUGAGAUCAUGAUUGCUCCUGAGAACAACAAUCUGUUGAUAGUCAUCCAAAGCCCAUGUGAAUAGCUGCACCAGAUAUUCGGCCAUUGUCACAUGAUGGUUUCUUUUCAAGAAAAUGUUUUAUGUUACAUAAUCCCACUUUUUUGUUCUGCACAUGUUGCUUUUUAAACAUGGAAUGUUAUGUGGUUUUGCUUGUGUAAUACUCUUCUUUCAUUUUAUUCCUCUUGAUAGAAAAUUUAUGUGGAAUAAAAUUGUUUUUCUCUCAGA